AUGGCACCAAACGGCCAGGAUAGCGGACGGACCAGAAGACUCGCCAAGGAACUUCAAAAAUUUCUCAACGGCACCCGUAAGGUUCUAGGAAUCGCAGAUGCAAAGCUCUUCCUCGAAGCACUACUGCUAGAAGUCAACCCUAGACGAUGUGUAGAAACUAUUUUCUCAAGUAAGGCCAAGCUUGAUCCUAUCAGCGAGUCCGUUAGAGCAGACAUUUCCCGAGACUUCAUUCAGAAUUAUUCCCUCAGAUUUGUUGAAUACAUCUCUGAUCCAGGGGUCAGAGCACUCGCCGACGGAGCUUUUCUCAAUGAUUUGAUUAUGGCGAUCAUAUAUCCACCAACAUUUUGGAACGCAGUAGUGCAAAUUUGUCAGAAUAACGGUCUAUCAGAAAAUAGUCUCCAGCAAUUCUCAUGGCUUUCAUACAACCUCCUCUGCAUUCCUCACGAAAAAGGAAUCGACUACUCUGCAGACGUGCAGUCUAUCAUCAAGAUCUUCACCACAGCAACCAACCACGAGACUCGUUCCAAUGGAUAUAAAAUCGAGAAGAUCCUGCAGACUAAAUUGUCUAAACAACCCAACAAGUCAGCAUUUAGUCCUGGUGGAAGACAUGACAACGAUUUCGAAGACUUCCGGAAAAUUCGCAUUUAUCCCACGACAGACGAGUUUCUGAGCACGAAACAACAAUAUUAUCUCCAAUCUAAGGAGGUGGAAGAGAAAUCAGAAAGCGAUCGUACGCUGGCGCAUCUAGAGAACCAGUUCCGUCUUCUCCGCGAAGAUAUGUUGGGCGAAUUGCGAACGGGCCUGCAGGUUGCUCUCGGCAAGAAGAAGGGUCGAAGCCUGGGUAUUUCUCUCGGGAAUCUUUCAAUCGCUGGGCUCAAUAUGGAUGGUGAACAACCCUGUCUCGCACUGCACUGCGGAUUGGGACUCGAAAGGCUGACAAAGUUGGACAUGACUGUCAGGAAAAAAUUCCUGAUGGACUCCAAGAACUUUCUCAAGCACGACUCUUUUGGAGCUCUUCUAGGGGAGAACGACAUCCACAGCUUUGCGCAUGUCAAUCGAGAUGUUGACUACCUAUUACGGGAUCCUCCCGUCGUACUUCUUCAGUUUCCUGAGGAUGAAUCUUUUAAAAGAGCUCUCAUGGCUCUCAAGACGUUCCGGGACCUUCGUUUCACGCUAGUGAAUACACCCGUCUUCGCUUACCAGCCCAUUCUGGAAUCUUUAAAGAAAAGAACUGAAGUUCCGAUCGAUCAGAACCUUCUAUUUCUAGCAAAUGGCGAAACUACCUUCCAGCCCCUGCCUGCCCAGAAGUUAAUGGCCGAGAAGAUUAUGGCUGGCCGUAGGGAUGACGGCAGUGUGAAAACCAGAAUCGAUGGGAAGAGAAUUGAACUUGAUGAAACCCAAGCCCAGUCAGUCAUCAAUGGUCUGAUAUGUCCACUCACCGUUAUUCGGGGGCCCCCUGGAACUGGAAAAUCGUUUCUUGGCUCCUUCCUAGUGAAGUUAAUCCUGAAGUACACAGACUUGAAGAUCUUGGUGGUUAGCUUCAAAAAUCAUGCUCUCGACGACUUCUUGGAAGAGCUUCUUAAUCUUGGUGUCAAUCCCCAAGAUAUGGUCCGUCUCGGAUCCAAAGCGAGGUCAACAGUAAGGACUGAGCCGUUGCUUCUCCAUCACCAGAAAAACUCACGAUCUUCCGAAACCUGGGGUAUGAUCAAUGCUCUCGAUCCCGAGGUUGAUGAACUGAAGGAAGAAUUGCAGCGAGCAUUUCAUGAGUUUGGGAUCGGUACUCAUUCGUUGUCUUGGAAUGACAUUCAGGAUUACCUAGAGAUGAAUGAGGAAGACCGGCUGUAUUACGACGCUCUGACGAUUCCAGAAGAGAACGACGGAUGGAAUCGUGUUGCGAAGAAAAACAAAAGAGUCCGACACGAUUAUUUAUACUUACGUUGGAAGUCGGGUGAUGAUGCUGGCAUAUUCGCGCAGAUUGCAAAGCAAGCUUUUCCUUCGGUGUGGGCGAUGCCAAUGAACUCCAGGAGUGAUCUGGUGAGAAAGUGGACCCGAUCUCUUUUUGAGGAAAGGGUUGAAUUGAUACAAGACUUGUACAAAAGAUACACCGAAGUCCAAGAAAAGUUGAAUAGCCUUCGGCUUGAGGGCAAGAUUGCGACUUUGCGGAACAUGCGAGUUAUCGGUUGCACUACUACCAUUGCAGCUAAGCAAAACAAACUCAUUCGUGGGGCAAACCCGGAUAUUGUCUUGGUAGAAGAAGCGGGAGAGAUUUUAGAGAGUCAUAUCCUCACCGCACUAACACAGAGUGUGAAACAACUAAUUUUGAUAGGUGAUGAUAAGCAGCUUCGGCCCAGGAUCAAUAAUUACGCACUAUCUGUCGAGAAAAAAGCCGGUUAUGACCUUAAUAGAUCGUUGUUUGAAAGACUGAUACUGGGAGGACAUGAGCACACAACACUACGCAAGCAACACCGAAUGCAUCCCGAGAUUUCAGUGCUUAUCCGUGAGCUCACGUAUCCCGACCUCAUUGAUGGCCCGAACACAACCGAUAGAGAGCGCCCGCGUGGGAUACAGGGCCGAGUCGUGUUUGUUAAUCACACGCAUCCAGAGAUUGAACCACCUGUUGAUAUCGUUGAUCGACGCGAUCCUGAGCGAACAAGCAGCAAGCAGAAUGACUUCGAGGCAAAGAUGGUGCUCAAAUUGGUACGGUACCUUAGCCAACAAGGCUAUGGGAGCGAGGAAUUGGUCGUUCUCACGCCGUACUUGGGACAAUUACGAUUGUUACAAGAAGAGUUGAAACAAGAAAAUGACCCAUGGCUGAAUGAGUUAGACUCAUUUGAACUCCUUCAAGCCGACAACUACCAAGGAGAAGAGAGCGACAUUGUCAUUGUGUCACUCACUCGGAGCAACGAGAAAGGCGAAAUUGGUUUCAUGGAUGCUCCUGAGCGACUGAACGUCCUGCUUUCCAGAGCUCGAUGUUGUCUCAUCAUGAUUGGUAGUGAAGAGACAUUUAUGGCAAGCAAGAAGGGUGGCGCAAUGUGGACUAAAUUCCUCCAGUCGCUAAAGGCAAAAAAAUGUCUUCACGAUGGAGUGCCCGUGAGAUGUGAAAAGCAUCCGGAGAAGGAGUAUCUUUUGAAGGAGCCAGCGGAUUUUGAUCGUUGUUGUCCCGACGGUGGUUGUUCGGAACCAUGCGGUAAACCACUGAAGUGCGGGAUACAUAGUUGUGUAAAGCGAUGUCAUCGUGUCGAGAAUCACUCCAAAGUGGAAUGUACCCAGAUUGUGGAAAGAACUUGCGACAAAGGGCAUAAGGCUCGCUUUCCAUGCAGCAAGGCAAACGAUACAUGUCGCAAAUGUGUCCAGGCACAGAAAGAGCUUGAACGAAGAACACGGAGAGACUUUGAGCUGGAAAAGCAUCGAUUGGAAGAUCUUGAACGAAGAACACGGAGAGAUUUUGAGCUGGAAAAGCAUCGAUUGGAAGUCCAAGCGCGAUAUGCAGAGGAACUCAAGGCUAUCCAGGAUGAGACUGAGCAUCAUAAACGAUUGAAUAAGAUUGCUGAAGAGGAGAAGCAGGCUAAGAGGAAUCUGGAUCAAAGUAAAGCUGACCUUGAGGCACUAAAAGAAGCUUCAGCGAGAUCAAAUGCGCUCAAAGCCGCUGAGAAGAAACGAGAGCUAGAAAGAGAGAAGCGAAAGGCUGAACAGCAAACAAAAACUCCUGCACGUGCACCAUCCAAAGAUCCCAACCAGCCAUGGUCUCCUCCCGCAACGGCCAAAGAGGAGUGGGAGCUUCUUAAGCAAACGGAUCUAGCCAGGAGUGGCCCAAUGGAUGAGUUAAUGGAGAUGAUUGGACUAGAAGAUGUGAAACAGGAGUUUCUUUCGAUAAAAUCCAGAGUUGACACUGCGGUUCGACAAGGAGUUUCUCUAUCCAAAGAGAGGUUUGGAUGUUCGCUUCUGGGCAAUCCUGGAACGGGCAAAACCACUGUAGCUCGACUUUAUGCAAAGUUUCUCACAUCUGUUGGGGUAAUUGCUGGAACAAAAUUUGAGGAGACAACCGGAUCGGCUCUUGCAAAUAAGGGUGUGACUGGAUGUCAAAAACUUCUCGAUGAUGUUCUAAACGAAGGCGGGGGAGUAAUAUUUAUUGACGAAGCAUACCAACUCACAUCAGGAAACAGUUCAGGAGGCGGAGCAGUACUCGAUUUUCUUCUGCCUGAGGUGGAGAACUUGACUGGAAAAAUUGUUUUUGUUCUGGCUGGUUAUGACAAGGAAAUGGAAAGCUUCUUCUCUCACAACCCUGGACUUCCAAGUCGAUUUCCGACCAACCUCAAAUUUGCGGACUACACGGAUGUUGAGCUACUUCAGAUUCUGGAGCUGAAGAUAAACUCAAGAUAUCGCGAAGCUAUGAAGGUAGAAGGUGGACUCAAGGGUCUUUACUGCCGGGUCAUUACCCGUCGAAUCGGACGUGGACGUGGAAGACCCGGUUUUGGCAAUGCUCGAGCUGUCGAGAACACCUUGGCAAUCAUCAUUAAACGGCAAGCGGUGCGACUCAGAAAGGAAAGGUUAGCACUUGCACUUGGCAAGCCCCAACCGGAUGAUUUGCUCUUUACAAAGGAGGAUGUGAUUGGUCCUGAGCCCAGCGAAGCACUCAGGGCAUCAGCCUCAUGGAAGAAGCUGUCCAAGCUGAUUGGUCUCAAGGCAGUAAAGGAAGCUGUCACUUCGCUUUGUGAUUCUAUUGUUGAGAACUACAAGCGAGAACUCGAGGAAAAACCACCGAUCGAAUACAACUUGAAUCGUGUGUUCCUUGGAAAUCCAGGAACAGGAAAGACGACUGUAGGAAAAUUAUAUGCUGGUGUAUUAGGUGAUUUGGGUCUAUUGUCCAAGGGUGAUGUGGUACUCAAAACACCAUCUGAUUUUGUUGGCAGCGCGCUUGGACAUUCAGAACAGCAAACAAAGGGAAUUCUAGCGGCAGCAGAGGGGAAGGUCCUCAUCAUCGACGAAGCAUACGGGCUUUACGGUGGUGGCGGGGUAGCAGACCCAUACAAGACUGCUGUAAUUGACACCAUCGUCGGCGAGGUCCAAAGCGUUCCUGGCGACGAUCGAUGCGUUCUUCUCCUCGGCUACAAAGAUCAAAUGGAGGAAAUGUUUCAAAAUGUUAACCCAGGUUUGAGCAGACGAUUUCCUAUGGCAAGCGCUUUUCAGUUCGACGACUUUGACGACAGCGAGCUCGGUCAGAUUUUGGACCUUAAGCUGAAAGAUCAAUCAUUUGAAAUUACCGACCAAGCCAGAACUGUUGCCCUAGAAAUGCUCAACAGAGCCCGAAACAGACCAAACUUUGGGAAUGCAGGAGAAAUUGACAUCCUGCUGAACACUGCUAAAGCGCGGCACCAAACCCGAAGGACUCAAGGUUUGGCAAAAUAUGUUACCAAGUUCGAGGCUAAAGACUUUGACGAAGACUUUGAUCGUGCGAAUCGAUCUGAGACAAAUGUUAAGGAGCUUUUCCGUGGUACUGUCGGCCAGGAGGCUAUAAUGGCUUUACUCGAAGGGUAUCAGCAAACAGUUCGGACGAUGAAAAAUCUAGAUCUUGACGCGAAGGAGAACAUACCAUUUAAUUUCCUUUUCCGUGGACCACCAGGUACUGGCAAAACGACGACAGCGCGAAAGAUGGGCAAGGUCUUUUACGACAUGGGAUUUCUUGCUACCGCCGAGCUCAUUGAUGUUUCAGCCACUGAUCUCAUAGGUCAAUAUGUUGGUCAAACGGGUCCGAAAGUACAACAGCUUCUCGACAAGGCUCUUGGAAAGGUCCUCUUCGUUGAUGAAGCGUACCGUCUGGGAGAAGGUCACUUUGCCAAAGAGGCCAUGGAUGAGUUAGUGGACUGCACGACAAAGACAAAGUAUCAUAAGAAGCUUGUCAUCAUACUUGCUGGAUACGAAAAGGAUAUCAACAGUCUCAUGUCGACGAAUCCAGGCCUGACGUCGAGAUUCCCGGAAGUCAUCAAUUUCAGAGGACUAACGCCAGUAGAGUGCUUUACCCUAUUGACCUCCACGCUGAGUACACAGAAGAAAGUGUUACUGUCAAAAAAGGUUGACAUGGACAUUUCAGCUCUUGAGAACUCUAGCGAGAAGUUUCGGAACGACAUGCUCAUUCACUUCCAAAUCCUUGCACAGCUUGAUAAUUGGGCUAGUGCUCGGGACGUGCAAACUCUCAGCAAAUCAAUCUUCAAUCGUGCAAUUCAAAACCCAGACGACAUCAAACGCGGACAGAUUCGAAUUAGCGGUGACUUGAUUCAAUCUGAAUGUUCUGCGCUGAUCUCGGAAAGACAGUCUAGGGGUCAAUCCAGCAUGGGUAAUAUCCUUCCAUCUGUUCCCCUUCGAGAAUACCAGGUGCAGAACCCGAGGCCCCCAACAAAAACAACAACAAGAACAACUUCAACAAUCACUAAGGAGUCGCAAACACAGCCGGAAGAGGAACAAAUUGAUAGCACUCCCACUCAAGAACUUGCCGUAACCGACAAACCAAAAUAUCCGACUCCACAACGGGAUGCAGGAGUCAGCGACGCAAUAUGGGAGCAACUCCAACGCGACCAACAAGCCGAGCUGGAAAAAGAAGAAGAGUACAAAGCAUUGAUCAAAGCUCGCGACGAUGCAACGGAUGCAGAGAGAGACGAAAUUGUAAAACGACUGCUGGAAGAAGAAGCACGGCGGAAGAAGGAAGCGGAAAUGAAAGAAAAGCUGGCUCUAAUGGGAAGAUGUCCUGUGGGCUACGAGUGGAUUAAACAAGCUGGUGGAUAUCGUUGUGCCGGGGGUUCGCAUUUUUUGUCGAAUGGACAGUUGGGAGUUUGA